AUGACGUCUCGAUUGUUUCGGUCGAGACGAGUUGCCCUGGGUCUCUUUUUCCUAGCUGGAACCAUCCUGUGGCUAGGUUUUCCAACGUCGACCAAAGAGGGGAAGCCUGCCAGAGCUCGUGACAGAAAACCCGGACGCUUGAGUGGUUACAUUUCAGCGCUAAACGACGAGCCACUGAAGUUGAGCUGCAAGUCUUGUGCUCUAGUAUCAAGCUCGGGACGCGUACUUGGACAAAAGAAAGGAUCGGAAAUCGAUGAAGCUGACUGUAUGUUUCGAAUGAAUGCAACUCCAACGAAGGGAUUUGAGAUCGAUGUAGGACACAAGACAACUGUUCGAGUUCUCUCCUACUUCAGUGUUCCAGUGAGUCUAUUACAUGCAACUCAGGAUCUAAAAUUCAUUAUUGCUUGGGGCUCCGAUGAGGAUCUGGGCAAGACAACAUCAAAGUACAAAGAACUGGUGAUGACAACUAAGAGGACAAAGGUCUAUGGAAUGAUCCCAGCAAACUACUGCAGCAAACUGAAUGCUGUUCCUGCUCCGUUCCACUAUUGGGAUGCCCAAGUGGAUGAAUGCUCUUACUAUGCCGAAAUGAAAAACAAACACCAACAUGCCCAUCGAUUCAUGAGUGAGAAAAUAAUUUUUGCACGAUGGGCAGUCAAACACAACAUGACGUUUCAUUCACCAGACUGGAAUCCCAAUGACUAUGUCAGGAAAGAAACCAAAUUUCCAAUGCCUUAG